UUUAUUAUUCCAUUAUGCCUCGACAACACAUUAACUUUGGCCGCCUGUACUGAAACGCGCUUCACACAGAAAACGGGCGUCGUCCCCAUGGCAACCGUGACACAAACGUCAGUUGCGCCUCAACUAUAACUGUUUAUUUCGGAUUCUGCCGUAAGGUUGUUACAAAUACUCAACUAAAUUAUUUACACGCGUUUGGUUUAGCUUAAAGCAAACAGUGUAAUUUGAUAUCUCAGUAAAGCGCGAAGCUAAUUCUUUAGCGAUACAUUCAAAUCGGAUUUCGUGCCUCGAGAUGACUUGAUGACCCGCGGACGAUCACAUCGUUUUGACUUUCUGGAAUGCAAUGCAGAAAUCGGACGAUCCUUUCGAAAGACUCAUAUUGCUACACCUUCAGCAUUAUGGAUUCUUCUCAGACAAUAGCUCAUCUGUGCAUUCAGGUGUCUCCAUCAAAAGAGAAUGGGAUGGCAACCAAGACUCCACUACCUCAGACAUUAUCAACUCGCCAACUGAGAGUAAUGACUCCAACAUAGAGGAACAGGAGGAACCAAAGCAAUGUCCGAACCUUUUCAAUUUAGACAAAGUUCUCAGAACCCGGCAGCUAGUUUUUGACUUUGAUGGCGAGAGGCCUGUUCCACGCCUCAGGGACCCGUUGGACCUUUUGACACUCCCGUCUACCUCCUGUCCAUUCCAGGGUGUCCGCUGGCCUAUAGAAUGCGAAGUGAUCCGUGACAAAAUCCAGCAUAUAGAAUGGGACCCAAUAGAGGCAGAGCCGUUCUAUCAGCCGACAGGUGAUGAAGAUGCUCCAAUGCCAAUAAGGGAGGGGAGAGAAAGCGUCGUCUACUGCAUAGACACAGCUACCAAAGCCUCCUAUUUCACCUACUCUCGUGUGGGGGGCGGCAGAGGUCCCGUGAAAUGUGCCACAUCCUGUGCCAAUCAUCAGGAAGAACCUACACUCGCUUUUGAAUCUCGUUUCGAGAGCGGAAACCUUCAAAAAGCAGUGCAAGUCGGUCAGCAUGACUAUGAGCUGACUUUGCGCACAGACUUAUAUACCACUAAGCACACGCAGUGGUUCUACUUCCGGGUGAGGAACAUGAGGGCAGGCGUUAGCUAUCGCUUCACCAUCAUCAACCUGAUGAAAUCCAGCAGUCUGUACAGCGCUGGCAUGCGCCCGUUGCUUUACUCUGAACUGGCUGCCUGGCAGAAGGGCGAAGGUUGGAAGCGAACAGGAACUAACAUCAAGUACUACCGUAACAACACAGAACAAAAUGGUAAAGCGCUGUAUUCCCUCACCUGGACUAUCGAGUUUCCUUAUGACAGUGAUACCUGCUACCUGGCCCAUUGCUACCCAUACACAUAUUCAGACCUGCAGCGCUACCUGCGUGAGGUCAUCUCUGACCCCGUCCGUUCGGCUUACUGUAAACUGCGGGUGCUCUGUCGUAGCCUGGCAGGCAAUGCUGUGUAUGUAUUAACGGUAACGGCACCAUCCACCAGCUUGGCUGAAUGCAAGGCCAAACGGGCAGUCGUAGUGACAGCACGGGUGCACCCAGGAGAGACCAACGGCUCUUGGAUGAUGCAGGGCUUUCUGGAGUUCUUGCUGAGUGACUUUCCAGAUGCCUGUCUGUUGAGGGAAACCUUUGUCUUUAAGAUCGUGCCCAUGCUGAACCCCGACGGUGUGGUGGUGGGAAACUACCGGUGUUCGCUGACAGGCCGCGAUUUGAACCGAAACUACCGCACUCUACUACGGGAAUCUUUUCCUUGCGUUUGGCAUACUCGGAAUAUGGUGAAACGAUUGCUUGCUGAGAGAGAGGUUGUGGUCUAUUGCGACUUUCAUGGUCACAGCAGGAAAAACAAUGUGUUUAUGUAUGGCUGUACCGAUCGCAAAGAUGCCUCGCAUUGUCUUCAUGAGCGCAUCUUCCCUUUGAUGAUGAGCAAGAAUGCCAAAGACAAGUUUUCUUUUAGAAGUUGUAAGUUUAAAAUGCACAAAAGCAAAGAGGGUACAGGACGCAUUGUCAUGUGGAGACUUGGCAUCAGAAACAGCUUCACGAUGGAGUCAACCUUUGGAGGCUCAACAUUAGGGGAUAGGAAAGGCACACACUUCAGCAUACGGGACUUGAAGUCAAUGGGUUACUGCUUCUGUGACACUCUACUAGACUUCUGUGACCCUGACCCUACUAAGAUUACCCACUGUCUGGAGGAGCUUGGAGUCUUAUUGAGACAAGAGGUCAGAAGGAAGCUGGGGAAAGAGGUUGACUCUUUAGGUGACCUCUCUGACAUUGAUAUUGAAUCCAGCACCAGUGGAUCAAACAGCACUGAAUCAGAUGGUCUUCCUGUUCAUCUUGUAAAUGCCACAAGCCAGCAAAUACAGGGCAAAAAAAAACACCUGCGUAGCCGCAAAGAAAGGAACCGACUCAGGCAAGAACGUGUUCGAAGCGCAGGAGCCAAAAUUAUUCAAAGGAACGUCAAACAUUUGGACACGGUGUCCUCAAAUGAAGAUGCGGUCAAAGUGAGAAUCCAGGAGAAAAUAAUGAAGGACAUCACUAAACAUAAGAUGCCAGAUGUGGCCAGGGCCAAUCAGGCCAGCAGGUCUUGGAUACCUCAUCCCACGACACACAUAGGUGUUAUAGAUCACAUGAGCGUUUGGGAGGGCAGACUAGAUAAGGUUGCACCUGCCGCCAGUAUGCACAACAGUUAUUCAGCAUGUAGCCACACCGUCUCAGAUGAUCCUGGACGCAGCACUACCUCAUCCGCACCUCACCCGCAGGUGCAAAUGCAACGCCUCUUAACUGCUGCAGGUCAGAAAAGAUGUCCUUCUGUCCCAGCAUCCAGAGAAAAGACACUGUCUAUACCAGUUCAACCGCACACCAUACACUUCUACCCUGAAUUCAGACUACAGACAGAAAUAAAAGGAAGACUUCACAUUUCAAAUGUUUUGCAGAGAAGCCAGCAAAAACUGAGGCGUGAUAGACAGUCAAAAGGAGCUCAUGUUCCUGUGAAAUACUUCACGCCACUAGACAACAUGGGAACACUGAGGAUUAGUCACAAGACAGAUGAACAAGGUGCUAUGGCUGGUCUUGCAUUACCAGUUACUGCCAGUGAAGCCAAACAAAUCAGUAAACAAGCCACAAGAGAUUCCUCCGGUUUCCUACCUGACCUGCACAGCCAGACUCGGCCGUUUGGUAACCAGGCUGCAACUGGAGGUCCGAGAUUAGGGAGGCUGCCCAAAGGAAAUAAGGCACAGUUGAUUAUCAGGAGAGAUGCUGCCUCCACGGACAGCAUUAGUAGUGAGGACAAGUUGCCUCAGGAGUCAAUGCAAGUAGAGGACGAAUUGACGGACGUUUUGCCUCAAAGGACGAAAACGCUGGUCAAUCAUGACUAAUCUGGGUAAAAGCACAUAAGGAAGGUGAAAAGAUGUAAAAUCAAGUGCCUAAAUAUUUUUAUGUCAUUGACCGUUUCACUUGUGUAAACCAUUUUUUUGUCUGUGCAUUUAAUAAAAGGCACACUGAUAAAGCCA